GUGUCAGUUGCUGUAGCGGCCGCCUUCAAAUAAACGACGUGUGCGCGAAUGAGGAAAAAAAAGAAGAGAAGGGAAGGGGGAGGGGGCGUAGAGGCGCGUGUUAUAAAACAAAGCGGCUGGGCUUCCGCUGUUGUCAAACUUGUGUAAUUUCUGUUUAUCCUACGGUGACUCGAGCCACACUGCUUCUAAUCGUAAUUCGACGCUGACACAAGUCAACCUUCGCUCCUCCUUUGGCGCUUUUCGGCGAGGAAGAGUAAAGCGCAAAGCGUCAGAUCGGGAACCAUCGCUCCGCUAAGUGACGGCCGGGGGUGAGAUUAAUAGUUGUCGAACAAAAUGAAGAAUGAACCAGUCAAGAAAGACCUGUCCAACAGUGGCAUCCCGGAUGUGGAAAUUGCCCCACCUACCCCUAAAUCUUUAGACCGCUUGUCCAUAGGAAACCACACAGUGGUGCCGCUGAAUGAUGACGGUGAAGCAGAGGCAACCUUUCAACGCGGUGUGCCGACCAGAGAGUCUCUCAGAGUCCCACAUGGUUCCACUGUUAGCUUCCACAAUAUUGACUACACUGUGAAGAUGACCAGUGGGCCUCCAUUCAAGCAUAAAGUGGUGGAAAAGCAAAUCCUCUGUGGCAUCAGUGGCAUCAUGAAGCCUGGGCUCAAUGCCAUCCUUGGCCCGACAGGAAGUGGCAAGUCCUCGCUUCUGGACGUUUUGGCUGCUAGGAAAGAUCCAUCUGGCUUAACUGGAGACGUGCUUAUUGAUGGUGCACAACAACCCGCCAACUUCAAGUGCAUCUCAGGUUACGUGGUGCAGGAUGAUGUUGUGAUGGGUACGCUGACAGUGCGGGAGAAUCUGCUCUUCUCAGCAGCCUUGCGGCUCCCGUCCUCCAUCACCUUCAAGGAGAAGGAAGAGCGAGUGUCAAACGUUAUCACUGAACUUGGGCUGACAAGAGUGGCCGAUUCCAAGGUGGGCACAGAAUUAAUCCGAGGGGUAUCUGGUGGUGAAAGGAAGAGGACAAACAUUGGGAUGGAGCUGAUCACAGAGCCUCCUGUAUUGUUUCUGGAUGAGCCAACAACUGGUCUUGAUGCCAGUACGGCAAAAGCUGUUCUUAUUCUUCUGAAACGACUUGCAAGAAGAGGAAGAACAAUUAUAUUUUCCAUUCACCAGCCACGAUACUCUAUAUUCAAGUUAUUUGACAGCUUGACACUGCUGGCCAUUGGGAAGAUGAUGUACCAUGGACCUUCCAGUUCUGCACUGCAGUAUUUCCGCUCUAUUGGAUAUGAGUGUGAAUCCUUCAACAACCCUGCAGAUUUCUUUUUGGAUGUUAUCAAUGGAGAUUCCACAGCUGUGACUGCAAGCAAAGAUUAUGCAAUAGAAAAUCAUGACCAGGUCAAACAAGUGAAGGCAGAUGAAGACAAUGAUGCUGCAAUCAACAUAGAAGAUGUUGAGCGCAUUGAUAAGACCAUCGUGCAGAAGCUGCAUGAAGAAUACCUCAAGUCGGAGGUUCAUGCCAAAACGAUGGAAGCUCUAAAGGCCAUUGAAGCCACUCGACCGCCAUCUAAGAAGAGGAAGUUCAUGCAGUCCAUCACCUACUCCACUUCAUUCACAACUCAGCUCUACUGGGUGAUCAAUCGUGCUUUUAAGAAUCUGAUCCGGAACCCUCAGGCUUCAGUUGCACAGAUUGUCGUAACAAUUGUUUUGGGACUUAUUGUUGGUGCUAUCUUCUUUGGCGUGAAGCUAGACCCAAGUGGAAUCCAGAACAGGGUGGGAUCCAUGUUCUUCUUGACCACCAAUCAGUGCUUUUCCAGUGUUUCUGCCAUUGAGCUGUUCAUCAGGGACAAGAAGCUGUUCAUACACCAGUACAUCAGUGGAUACUACAGACUGUCUGCUUACUUCAUUGCAAUCCUUGUAGGGGAUCUAAUCCCAAUGAGGACACUGCCAGGGAUUAUUUUCACAAUCAUCACAUACUGGAUGAUAGGCUACCAAAAAAUUGCUGGAAAAUUUUUCUACUUCAUGCUGACCCUAGUUAUGGUGUCCUACACGGCCACAUCUAUGGCCCUCGCCAUCAGUGCUGGUAUGAAUGUGGUGGCCAUUGCAAACCUGCUUAUCACAAUUUGCUUUGUUUUCAUGAUUAUAUUUUCUGGGCUCCUGGUGAAUCUCACCUCUGUCAUGGAUUGGCUCAACUGGCUCAAAUAUUUCAGCAUUCCACGCUAUGGAUUAACAGCCCUGCAAGUAAAUGAGUUCAGAGGAUUGGUCUUAUGUCAAAACACUACCCAGUCAUAUGAACAAGCCAUGGCUACCUGCUCCUCGAGCACUUCCCAAUUUGGAGGAGUGUGCUAUGGUGAUGCUUACCUCUGUGGACAGGGCAUUGGCUAUGACGACUGGGCAAUGUGGCAAAACAACUUGGCAAUGGCCUGCAUGAUCAUCAUCUUUUUGGCCAUUGCGUAUUUCAAACUGCGUUUCAUGAAGAAAUUUACCUAAAGUGAACAUAAAGACUUUGAUGCUGACAAAUAUUUAAAAUGCCCAGGCAGGGCCAAGUUGACUCAGGGGAGGCUGAAGUGGACUCAGAGGCCCUUUUUGAAACCUGUUGGAAUAUUUUAGGGGCCACACCUUCGGGAUCUGACAUAGUAGGACAUGUAGCCGUUGGAAUGAGAACAGAAUUGCCAAAAAUGAAGUGAAAUUUAAUAUUUAAGUUUCUUUAUAUAACAUUAUAAUAUAUGUUUAAGUUAAA